UGUCAAAGCCUAUGAAGUUGUCAGGCCGAAAAUAACGAUUAUGGUCACAAAUAAUGGUAAUAAUGUCUUUAAAUACUUUGUGUCUCAACGCUGUCAGUGAACAUUUUCAUGUUUUGGGGACAACGGCGAUACUUGGUCUUCCGAAGAACCUCCUAAAGGAUCUUCUUCCCUGUUUGGAUGUGAUCCAGCUGGAUGAGCUUCAAGAGGGCCUCAACCUCAAAGGUGAGCCUGAAUAUCCACGCUCUCUUCAUGGGUGGAACUCUCCCGGCGAUUGCAAGGCAAGAAGACGACCGACGCGCUUUCAUGUCUGGGAUUCCAGAAGUCCCAGGUUCAGACGGAGCAAGACGUGAAACAAGCAGUCAUGGAGCAGAUAUUUGCCACCGUCAUCAACGACUGGCACCUUUCUUCCACUCUUUGGAAGCAUUCAAACACCUCAGCCUUGUUGCUGGCGGCAGCUAAAAGCAUCAACUCCCUGACACUGUCCUCCAAGCACAACUUUAAGGUCAACUUGAUAGCGAGAGAGACGCCCGUUCUCAGCGUUCUAGAGAAGACGGUGACUAAGCUCACAUUGUGGUUGGAGAAGACUGAGCCCAGGGAGAAGGAGGAAUUACUGAUGGGCAUCAUCCAUCGCCUGGUGCAACAUGGCGUCACCAAACAAGUCAUUCUACGCACCUGUGAAGAGAGCCUCUUAUCUAAAGUGCUGUUGGCUGGAGGAUGUCUGAGCGGGGGACGCACAGAAGAAGACGACAAAGAAGGCCCCCCGGCAAAGAAGCACAAAUCCGAUUUUUGUGAAGAAAUCCAAACAUGCGCUGAGUGUCCAAAACGAGUCAUUGAACAUCUGAAGCUGGUGGAGUGUUCACCAAGUCUCUUGAUGAAGCUGACGGAAAUACUUCCUUCCUGCUCCAACCUGACGUCUCUGACGCUGAACAGCGACUCGCCCAUCAGUUUGGAGUACGUGGAGUACCUGGCGGCGGCGCUGGAGAAGCUGUCCCGACGCCCCCACGCUUCCCUCAGACAUCUGUCCAUCUUCUCCGUGACAUGCACGUCACUGCUGGCCGUCCUUCUGCACGCCUGCCCCAGGCUGACCACGCUCAAAGUGGAUUUCGAGGACUUCGCUGGGCAAAACCUGCACCUUACGAGAGACUUGAGUGACCUUCGGCUGGAGUGCCUGUCAAUCACGCUGGACGGGCAGCUGACCUCGCCCACUUUCCUCUUGCCCGUGCUGAGACGCUGCCCCCGCCUGCUCCGGCUUCAUGUGCAAGGCAUGCACCUGCCGACCGGAUUCUCUCAAAGGAAACUCCUCACCACGCUGUCAGAGUGCAAUGGCCGCCUGACAUGUCUCCAUCUUGACGACCUCAACAUGUCUGAUUGUCUGCACCAGAUCCUAAACGUGGUGCGAGCGUGCAAGCUGGAAGAGCUCCGCCUCCACGACUGCCGCCUCCUGGAGCAGCAGAGCAAUAAGCAGGAGUCUUUGCGGCUUCUGGUGGGCGCCCUGAAGGCGUCGCCGACCCUGCGCAAGCUCACGUUGUCUCAGAACCGCCUCGCCUGCGACGUGCACGUGCUGGCGGAACUCUUCUCUGGACCAACGGCGAGCUCGGUGGAGCACCUGGAUGUUCGACUCAACUUCAUCAAGCCCAAUGACCUGAUGCACUUCGCCGAGGCCAUGAUGGCGUGCCCUCCUCCACGCCGUCUCACCCUCGACCUCAGGGGGAACCCGGGAGACCGAGACGCAGACAAAUGGAACUCUGCCCUGGACAAGCUCCGCCCACUCUGCCAGCCACUGACCAACCACUGGGAGUUGGUCCACACCAUGGCCGACCACAUCAGCAACAUGUAACCACUGGGAGUUGGUCCACACCAUGGCCGACCACAUCAGCAACAUGUAACCACUGGGAGUUGGUCCACACCAUGGCCGACCACAUC